CAUGCCUCUGCCUUGAAUUCUUCAUGUCGGUCACCACAUUAAUAUACAAUACAAUAUGCCUUUAUUAGUCUACAGACCAUAAUACAAUAAUCAGCUAAUACAAUAACAAAAAAUACAGUUAGUGACAUAAGAGAUUCACCUCGGCCUCUUACAAUUUAUACCACAUUACUUCAUGAGCAAUCUCUGUUGCCUGUUUCUUCCCAGGGAGUUCCUCUGUCUGUUCCUCCACCCAAUCUCCUCCUUUAAUGGGGUGGCACAUCCCUCCAGGCUCCACGCUAUUUCACACUACAGUAGAAACCUGGGAUCCUCCAUCCUCUAACUUCUCAGCCUCUUCUCCACCAAACUUCUCUGCCAUUAGGCUUGCCUUAUCAGGUACAGGGGCAAGGGUAGCACCAGUUUCUACCCUGCCCACCACAGCUGAGGACUUUCCCCAUCAUCCCUAUAAUAGCUGGCAUGGGCUUCCCACUCAUUACAGGUCCAGUCCACGGCCUAUAGAUGCCUCUCCCUCAUGGGCUGGUCUCAGAUCAGCUGAGAGCCCCAGGGAAUGGACACAGGUACAUGGAAGAACUUGCCUUCUCUUGCUUGAUCGCUGUUGCUGCUUGCUUCUCUGUCCUUGCUGGUAGGAAAGGGGCAAUGAAGCCCAUAUUUAUAGGCAAAGAUGACAGCACAUUAGUUUUUAUUUUGGAAGAUCAAAAGUGCAAUGACUAGGAUUCUUGAGACUGGAAAAUAAGAAAGAGGCUCCUUCCUCGAGAAGAGGCAAUAAUUAAUGUUGUACAUUAAUCUUGUACCCAGGGACGACACAGAGGUCAUAUAACACUGCAGAGGUAAAAAUGCUGAAAACGGCAAAUUUGCCAUGGUGGUGAACUUUGAAUGCAUCCUGACCCAUAGGUCAACUAAAGAAAACAAGUUGAGACAAAUCAAGUUGUAGAAUAGUUCUAGAAUUUCACUGAGAUAAUGGGUGUUUUGCAAGUCAACUAUAAGGGAGGUACAAGCAUACCUCUAAGAGUGUACUUUGAACCUUUGACAGUUUUCAAACCACAGAGGCCAAACGAUUUAUGCUAAUGACAUGUUAUUUGCAGGAUUUGUUUACUGGGAUGUCAGUGACAAUAUCCUAAACUGACAAAAUUUUAGAAUUAGGAACCAAUAGUUAAUGUACAUUUUGAGUCUCCUGGUGUACAGAAAUACCCCCCUGAAUGCAGGUGAAGAUUUUAAUUAUAAUAAUUGGAAGAAUUCAAAAUACAAAUGGUGCAGUCAAAAUUUAAUCUCCUAAUCCUUAUGUGUUCCCAAGAGUCAAAAAAGUGUGUGAUGGAUGUGAUUAGCAUAUCAUAUGUUUGCCAAGGCAUACAAAACAUUUGCUUUGGGCUAAGAGCUGCUAUUUCCCUAUUGUAUCUUGCAGCCAUGUCCACGUUCUAAAAGCUUCAGCAAGCAAGGAAACACUUUUCUUUGUUGUUAGAAUUGUAUUGAGUAGCCAGAAGAAGACAAAAAUAACCACAUUACAAUUAGUUAAGCUAACAAGUACAUCUCUUAAGCAAACAACGCCACUCCCCAAAACUAUAUAACAAAUAGCACUCUGUUGGUAACUUUUGUUUCAAAUUAUUUUUAAUUAAACGUUUUAGCUGCUUUAUGAUGGCUGUGGCCUGAAAGGUGGGAUACCAAAUAUUUUGCAAGAAAGCUCUUGAAGAUAACUUAACUCCCUUACCUGAAAGUGAGUUUUUAGCACGCAUUAACAUUUGUCAACAGAUAUUGAUACACAUUAUAUGUUGUUAUCUAAUCAUUAAGUAUUUCAGAGUGGUUUCAGUAGCUAACGGCAUUGUCUGUCACAAGAUCCCUGCAGUCUUCCAAAGACACUGGAAACAACACGCCCCAAUUCGAUACUGCUUCUAAGCAUUUCUUAUCUUUAAAAUUCGAGCCCUGCUUAUGAACUACAUUUCCCAGAAGGCCAAGCAACACAGCUUCUGUAAACUGGUCGCCGUGCUCUUUGGACUUGAAGCAGAGAGCUCGUUACAAAGCAAACGCAAUCGAGCCCUUCUAGGUCCGAGUUAGCGCGUGGCGUUUCUGCACGAGCAUGGAACAGAUGGCAGCGACGAUCCUCGUCUUGCCUUCCCCCAUAUGCCUGCACGACGAGCCCGUUCAAAUUAUAGUAGAGGGCCUCUCGCCGCUGCAAGAAGUCACGCUCAGGGCAUCGCUGGAAGAUGAAAGCGGGGAAACUUUCCAGUCGUUUGCUUACUACAGGGCUGGGAGCAAUGGAGACCUGGACCUCACUCGCUCUGCGUCGCUGGGCGGCAGCUAUUCUGGAGUAGAGCCCAUGGGGUUACUGUGGUCCCUGGAGUCUAAGGCCCCCUUUAAGCGCCUGGCCAAAAAGAACGUCCGUACCCCUUUCUAUGUGACCUACGAAGUGUACGAGGGACACGGAAUCACUGGCCGGCGUCUGAGCGCGUGUGUCAGUGAGAGAAGGUUCCUGGCCGAAGGGGUGGAAAGGAUCUCCGUGCGGGAAGGCAGGCUCAAAGCCACGCUCUUCCUGCCCGCUGGCCCUGGACCAUUCCCAGGACUCAUCGACCUGUAUGGAUCUGGAGGGGGCCUUGUGGAAUAUAGAGCAAGUCUUCUGGCAAGCAGAGGUUUUGUCACACUUGCUGUUGCUUACUUGGCUUUUGCGGAUCUCCCAGCUUUUCCAGAGUUCAUUGAACUGGACUAUUUUGGUGAAGCUGUAGAGUUCUUGAAAAAACAGCAACAGGUGAAAGGUAUGAGGAUUGGAGUUCUGGGGCUCUCUAAAGGAGGAGAUCUUGCUCUUGCCUUGGCUACAUUUUGUCCAGACAUCAGAGCAGCUGUCAGCAUUUCUGGCUCCAGUGUUAAUGCUUUUAUCCCCCUGCGAGUAAAGGGGUUCACUAUUCCUGUCCAUCCGUAUGACCUGGAGAAGGUUAAGACCACGGAUGAUGGAACAGUGGAUCUCUCAGAAGUCAUGGAUGAUCCCCGAGACCCAGCCACCUGGAAAUGCCGCAUCCCUGUGGAGAAUUCCUUUGCCAAAUUCCUCUUCCUUUCAGGACAAGAUGACAGAAACUGGCAAAGUGAGCUCUUCUGCCAAGAAGCGGUCCAGCGCCUUCAGCAGAGUGGAGGGCAUGUGGAGUUCUAUUGCUAUCCUGGAGCAGGGCACCUCUUGGAGCCCCCUUAUCUGCCCUUGUGCCAGGCCUCAGCUCACAGGUCAUUUGGUACUCUUGUGCUCUGGGGAGGGCAAUGGAGAGAGCAUGCAAAAGCACAGGAGGAUGCUUGGCACAGGAUAUUGGCCUUUUUCAGACAACACUUGCUGGAUUCUUCCAUCACGAGUCAUUUAUAGACUGGACUUUUGUAAGGGCAUGGUCUUGAGGAUACACUUGUUAACGCUAAGGAGAUCUAGGUCUGGUCAGUGCCUGGAUGGCAGACUAUCUUAAGAACCCCAUGUAUGCUGCCUUUAGUUCCAUGAUGGAAGGAUGAUGAGACACAAAUGCAAAAUAAAUCUGUAUGAAGACGUUGGUGGUUAUGUGAGAAUAGUGCAUAUCCCAUGGGUAUUCUGCAACGUUCAUUGAGGCUUGUGGCCGAUGAGUGUUUCCUGAUCUGGCAGAGACUGUGUUAUCUUCCAUUAUUUCCAGAAACCUUCGAGUUAACAAGAUUAGGUUCAUAAAGGCUGUGAGUUUAGUACUACAGUCCUAUGCACACUUUGGAAGUAAAUCCCAUUGGACUUCUAAGCAAAUAGGUAGGAUGUGGUCAUUUGCUCUCAUGGUGGCUACCUGCCUGCAUCCAAUCCACCUAGCUGUAAAUGUGAAUGGCAGUCCACCAUGUAAGCAUGUCUUGCUGGCCAUAUCCUUCCCUUGUGUUUCCUAAGCAGCAAUUGCUAGUGUGCCCUAACACAAUGGUUCAGAAGAAACUUAGCUUUUUAAAUCUGCAGAGCAGAAACUGCUGUUAACUGUUUUAGGUUGUGAAGGAGGCAGCUUUCCUCCAGUAAUUGUAGUGCUAAUUACAGGAGUAUCUCUGGUAAGAAGUACCACCUACUUUGGAGAGAUACUGGCAGUGGCAGACGUCCUGAGCAAUGGAGCACUUGCAGAAAGAUGUUCUAGGGCACAUCUCUUGCGCAAAGGGAGCUUCUGUGCAAGAGCACAGUUCUGCCAAUCCCCAUUUUUUAGCGCAACUAUGCAAUCUUCUUACGCUAGCACAACUUUGCUCGUGAUGCAAGCGCUCCAUUGUUCAGCCACUAACUUAGACCAUACCACUUCUGUGGAGCUGAAGCAUGGAAAUUGGCGCAGACUCCAUUGGAGAUGUGCACAAAUCGAUCUUUGCCAUUUGAUCAGAAUUUGAAUCAAUCUGUCAAACCAGCUGGCCAUUGCUGGCCAGCAGUUCAACAAAUUGAAAAUUUGUAAUUUUGAAAAUUUGCAAAUUCACAAUUUGCCCAUAGGGAACUAUGGGGAGCUCGAAUCACCCAAUUGUUCCUCAUGUGUAGGACCUAGGGACACCAAAGUGGGUUGGAUGGUAGCACAUGAUGGGUGCUACCUACCACUCAACCCACAAAAGAAAUUGCAAGCAGGCAAUUUAAUUUUUUUUAAACUUAAAAGGAAAAAACCCCAUAAGAUCCUAUAGGGGUUUAGGCAUAAAAUUUUUUUAAGAAAAUCACCCGCUUGCCCAUAUCUUUGGUGUCUCUAGGACCUAUCCAUGGGGAACACUGGGGUUAUGCAGAUUCCCCAUUGUUUUUAUUUAUUUAUUUAUUUAGACAUUUUUAUACUGCCCAAAACUUACUUCUCUUGGUGGUUUACAACAGAAAAAAAGUAAAAGAUUAGUUAAGACAAAAAUGAAAAAUUUAACACGUUACAACAAUUUAAAAUUUUUAAAAGAAUAUUUUAAAACAGCAUUAAAACCAUUAAAACAAUAUUAGUUAAAAGCCUGGGUGAACAGAUGUGUCUUUAAAGGCUUUUUAAAAGGCUCUUAUUCCACUAGGGAGCGCAUUCCAAAGCCUCGGGGCAGCAGCGGAGAAGUCCUGUCCCUGAGUGGCCAGCAGACGAGCCGGUGGCAUCUGCAGACGGACCUCUCCAGCAGAUCUCAGUGGGUGGUGCGGUUCAUGACGAAGAAGGUGUUCUCUUAAAUACCCAGGGCCCAAACUGUUUAGGACUUUAUAGGUUAUAACCAGCACCUUGUAUUUUACCCGGAAACAUAUCGGCAGCCAGUGUAGCUCCUUCAAUACAGGAGAUAUAUGGUCUCUCCGAGAUGACCCAGAGUCCAGUCUGGCUGACGCAUUCUGGACCACAUGGAGAGCAUUACAAUAAUCCAAUCUGGAAGUUACCAGCAGAUGUACCACUGUUUUGAGGUCAUUCACCUCAAGAAACGGACGCAGCUGGCGUAUCAGUCGAAGCUGAUAGAAGGCACUUCUGGCCACUGCCUCAACCUGGGACACCAGGGAGAGGUUCGGAUCUAGAAGCACCCCUAGACUGCGUACCUGUUCCUUCUGGGGAAAGUGUGACUCCCACCCAGAACAGGCAGAUCAAAAUCAUCUCUUGAGUUCCGACCCGGCACAAUGAGUACCUCUGUCUUAGCCAGAUUCAGUCUCAGUUUGUUAUCCCUAAUCCAGCCCAUCACCGACUCCAGGCAGGAAUUUAGGGAGGUUAUGCCCUCUCCCGAUGAUGCUCACAUGGAGAAAUAGAUUUGGGUGUCAUCAGCAUACUGAGAGCACCCUGCACCAAAUCUCCUGAUGAUCUCUCCCAGCGGUUUCAUGUAGAUGUUAAACAACAUUGGAGACAAUAUGGAGCCCUGAGGGACACCAUACAGGAGUUCAGUUUUUGAAGAACAGGAGUCAUCUGGAACCUGCCCGAGAGGUAGGAGCAGAACCACUGCAAAGCAGUGCCUCCAACUCCCAACCCCCCCAGAUGCUCCAGAAGGAUACUAUGGUUGAUAGUAUCAAAAGCCGCUGAGAGGUCCAGAAGGACCAACAGAGUCACACUUCCUCUGUCCAUUCCCAAUUGGAGAUCAUCCAUCAGGCAUACCAAGGCAGUCUCCACCCCAUAGCCAGCCCGUAAACCAGUUUGAAAUGGGUCAAGAUAAUCCGUUUCCUCCAAGACUGUCUGGAGCUGGGAGGCCUCCACCCUCUCAAUUACCUUGCCUAGCCACGGAAGGUUGGAGACAGGCCUGUAGUUGUUCAAGUCUGAGGGAUCCAGGGUAGGCUUCUUCAGAAGCACUCUAAUAAUUGCCUCCUUAAGACAAGGAGGCAUCCUACCUUCCCUCAAAGACACAUAUAUAAUCUCUACCAGGCCUUCUACAACAGCCCCCCUGCCAGAUAAUAUAAGCCAUGUUGGGCAAGGGUCAAGAGAACAGCUGACAGGCUGCACCAUUCCAAUCAGCUUGUCCACAUCCUCAGGAGUCACAAACUGGAACUGAUCCAUCCUAAUCACACAAGAGGAGUCACUGGACAUCUCCACAUCAGACACUGAAGUAAUUGUGGAGACGGAGUCUAAGUCGGCCCGAAUACGAGAGAUUUUUCCACAAAGAAUUCAUUAAACACAUCACAGCGGGUAAUCGAUGGUUCCAGAUUCUUAUUCAAGGGCGGAGGGGCACUCACUAGCCCUCUCACAACCCUGAACAACUCCUCUGGAUGUGAACUUGCGGAUGCAAUACGGGCAGAAAAGAAUCGCUUCUUGGCCGCACGGAUGGCCUGAGCAUAGGUCCUCAAAUGAGCUCUAUGUUGCAAUCUGUCUGAUUCAAGCUGAGUCUUUCUCCACUUGCGCUCCAGUUGUCUACCUCGCCGCUUCAGCCCCCGUAAUUCUUCCGUAUACCAAGGGGCCAAUUUUGAAGCAGUUCAGAGAGGAUGUUUAGGAGCAAUCAUGUCUACUGCCCCAGUGAUUUUGCUGUUCCAAUUCUCCACCAGGGCAUCAACAGGAUCACCAGCAGAGCCCAUUGUUCCCUAUGGGCGAAACAAGCAGAGUGAAAUUGCAUUGUUACUUUCUGAACCGAACUGAACUGCAUUCGCCCUAUGGGCGAAACAAGCAGAGUGUAACUGCACACGUUUUUGGCAACCCUGCCUUGAGAAACAACACUGCAGAACAGAAGCAGCACACACAGUCCCUCCCAACACAAAACACAUUUUUCCAAACAUACAGUCUAAAGAUGGCCAAAAAAGAAUCACUGACCCAGAAUCUACGACCACCCACAGUGCCUGUGCUGCAGUAACAUCACUGGCACAAGUUGCUCUCUCUCACACAGUUAUGACUCUGUCCUUCCUUGCAACAGCUGCCACAGCACAGCAGCAUCCUUAGCAGCCAGCAAGCAUAGCCAUUAGCUCAGUUACAGCAAUGUAUUCAGCCACAUUUUUACUGAGUGAGUACAGCUUGCAAUGCAGAUUGCAGAGCAGACUAGAGCAGUAAAUGAAGCACAAGUUACUCUCAAGGUCAGACAUGGAGCUCAUCACAACAAUCACCAAGAAAUAUUACACACACACACACACACACACACACACACACUGAGCAGAGCUGCCACUGUCCAUUUCUCACUACAACAGUAUAUCACAAACAAAACAAACCACAACUCAAGGAAGGCAGGCAGGCAGGCAGGCACCCAAGUUCUGCCUUUGUCAACGAGAACCAGUUAAACCAGCUAGUUAUAGCAACAAUAGGUAGCACAGCAAUAUACUCAGUGCUGAGAAAAGAAAACCACAAAACCAAACCUCUCUUGAUUACUUUCUCCUCUCCUGAUGUAGCUCUGCCUCCCAGUCCCUUCAAAUACAUUUUGAAAUUCCCUCCCAUUUCCCCCCUUCGUCAAUGUGAGAUCCAACAAAACAAUACUAGCCGUGCUAUUGCUGAGUAGCAAAAGAACAGCAUAUACUAUUCAGUGCUGAGAAAAUAAAACCACAAACCCAACCUUGCUUCCUCCUGUCCUCCUUCAUAAGGGCUCUUUCUCUCUCUCUGCCUUCUGGUUCUUUUGAAUCAGGGCUGCACAACUCAAAUGCUCUAGUGGGCCAGAACCAUCCACAGCUUGUCAUGCAGGGGCCAAGGUCAAUUUUUAGCACAUUAUUACAUAAAAAUAAAAAUAUUAUUGGUUACUUGUGGAUCUAUUCCCCCUGUCAAUGGACCCAAGAACAGUGACUAGAAAAUAGGUCCUGUACCUGCUCAGUCAGUGGGGCCCUGGAGUGCAAGCCAGCCCAAAAUAAAUGCCAGUCCUCUCCUCUCCCUAAAUUGUUGUUGCUUUCAGGCUGAAAUCCUAGGCAUACUUACAUGGGAGUAAACCUCACUGGGUACACCAUGGUACAUAUUUCUGAGAAAACAUGCAUAGGAUGGUGCUAUAAGGCAGUUUCCAGCUCCUGUGUUGCUGCAGGAUACCUGGGGGCCAGUAAAAUAGUCCCUGUGGGCUGAAUCCGGCCCCCGGCCCUUAUGUUGUGCAUGCAUGCUUUGAAUACACUUUGAAAUUUCUUCCAAAAAUGUGCUCCCUCUCCCCAGCCAAUGGGGGCACAGUUGCCCAUGCAACUGUGCAUGGACAACUUGAUUUGAAUGACAACCAGCCAACUAAGAAGCAAGGCGAUCUCAAGCCAAUCGGAAGCCAGAAAACCAAUCAGCAAGGCAGAAAAGCCCACCAAAAUGGCAGCUCGAAUCAAUUAAUUUAAGGGGUGAUCCGAUUCUCAGUUGAAUCUGUGAAUCGCCCCCAAUUAAGUACAAACUGAAUUGCACAUCCCCAGUCUUCAUGUGGCUUGCAAGGGUUAGAUGUACUGAAUCAAUGCACCUAUCACUCACAAAGCCCUCCAUCUGGAAGCAUCAAUAGGGUAUAAUAUAAUGCCACUAAUCUCUCACCUCAAGUCUGUUGUUCCUUACUGUGUGUACUCAGAAGUGGUUGAGUAGCUAUUCAUUUUAUAGAAAUGUUUACCCUGGAUUUUACUCUGGGUCAGUUCUUGAGAAGUUUAGUGGCUUAAGUAUUGAACUAGGACUGGAGAGAGUUGGGUUUGAAUCCCCACUUAGCCUGACCUGCUUCAAAGCAUUGUUGUCAAGCAAAAAGGUGGAGAAGUGGGGAGACCAUAAGAACAACCUUGCUGGAUCAGGCUCAAGGCCGAUCUAGUUGGUCAUGCCUUUCCUGCUGCUGCUCCCCUGCAACUGGUAUUCAGAGACAUCCUGCCUCUCUCUGAGCCUAGAGGUAGCCUGCAGCCAUUAAAGCUAGUAGCCAUUAAUAGACAUGUCCUUCAUGAACUUGUCUAAGUAAGUCCCUUUUAAAGCAAUGCAGGCUAAUGGCCAUUACCAUAUACCGUGGAAGAAAAUUCCAUAGAUUAAUUAUGCAAUGUAUGAAAAAAGUACUUCCUUUUGUCCUUAUGGAAUUUCCUGACAAUCAGUUUCAUGGGAUGACUCCUGGUUCAAGUGUUGUGAGAGAGGGAGAAACAUUUCUCUCUUUCCACUCUCUGCUGAGCUUCUGGAGGAAGGGUGGGAUAUAAAUGGAAUAACAGAUCCAACUUCUUCAAGUCAGCAAUAGGUCAAUUUGUUGAUUCACAUAUAUAAGAGCUCCAAUAUUUGGGUGUAACAUCUCUGUUGCAUGAGGAACUGUAUGAUACUAAUUUAAAUCAUAUUUUCCUUACCCCAAAGCUGCUCACUAAAUUAUAAAUCAGACUAUUGUGUGUUACUGUACAUUACUACUUUAGAUGUGAGUGGUGUUGAUAAUUCUGUAUAAAUCUGUUUUUCACUUUUGCUUUUUCCUUUUGGAAAUACAGUUUAAGUCACCCUAACACCUGCGUUUGUGUAUACAAGUUCUUCCUGAUGGAAUAAACCAGUUGUCUGAA